UGAUCAUAAAACAUAAUUUUUAUUUAACCUGAAAAUGUGGAAUAAAUAACUUUUGGUCUGGCAGCUGGCAGUUCGUCCAACUUGACUUUGAUCUUUGAUUAUUGAUUAUUGAUUAUAUUGUGACAUUUGUGAUUUGUGAGUUUGUAAUUAGUGACGUUGAAAAGGAAUUAUUUUAUUUAUUAAGUUGACAGCUAAAAUGCAAGUGGUAUAGUCAUCGGAACUUAAUUUCGAUAUUGCUCAAUAUCUAAACAGAACAAACAUGAUUUACGGAUGUAGUUUAUUUUAAAACAACAUCCGUUAAAUCUUAUGUCUUGAAAAUCCCUUGUAAGAUCAAGAAUGGAGAGUGAUAAAAAGAAUCCAGAUGGUGUUAAAAAGAAUCCUUUUGAUGAGUUAUCAAAAGAAGAACUAAUAACAAAAUGUAAAGGAUUACUUGCUAUAGCUCAAAAAGCUAAGCAGGCAAAGUCUGAAUUUCAAAAUCAAACUGAAACCUACAAACAGCAGUUAGAAAUAUGUGAAACUGAGAAGAAUACAUAUCUACAAAAUAAUAAGACAUUGCAAGAACUUGUUGAUUCUUUAACAGAACAAAAACUUAACUAUAUAACUGAGAUAGAUGAAGCACAGGCUAAAGUCAAGGCAUUGGGUGAAAAGUGCCAUAGCUUUGAAGAAGAUAUCAACAGGCUUAAAGCAGAUAUAAUUAUAAAGGAACAAAAUAUUGCUGACAUUUCUCAAAAGUUGUCAAAUUAUGAUAGUGAAAUUAUAUCGCUUAAAAGGCAAAAUAACCGUCUUGUGGAAGAAAAUGAACAACUUAUCACCCAGUUAUCUGAUAUGGAAGCAAGGAUUGCUGAGUUUAACAACAUUGGUCUGCAACAGAGAGAACAACUUGAAAUACUAGAACAAAAGUUUCAAUCAGAUGACUCUUCAGAGCUCAAAAUUAAAGAGCUCAAUGAAAAAAUUAAAGAGCUGGAACACAAUAUUAAAGUCAAAGUCUCCAGUUAUGAAGAAAAAGUUGUUGCGUUAGACAAUAAGGCGAAAGAAAUGACCAUCCUUUAUGAGUCUGAAAAAAAUAAAAAGGAAAAAGUCAAUGUUAAAUUGCGAAGUUAUAAAGAUAAGAUAUUAAAAUGUGCAGCUUGCAUAAGUCAAUUGCAGAAUUCAAGAUUUAUUUUGUCUAAAACAGUAAAGGAAUAUUCUGAAAAUGUUCCUAAAUGGCAAGAUGAAAUAAUUAAAGCAUCCAAAGUUCUUGAUAAACAAAUUAAUGAACUAAAUAAUAAAAAUGUAUCCCUUAAGGAUGAAAUUCUGGAUUUACGUAAUCAGUUAAUGGAUGCAAAAAGUAACUGUAAUUUUGUAGACCAUGAAAGAUUAAUGAACGAAUUAAGUGAAGAAAAUAAGGGUUUGAAAAAUAAAUUGUGCGAUUUGGAAAAACAAAUUAGUGAGUCAACGAAAACCAAUUUGAAAAAUAAAAAAAAAAACAACACCGUCAGUUUGAAGCAACACAAAUCAGUAAAGUCACAGCUGGAUGAAAGUGUGACAGAAAAUAAAAUAUUACAUGAAAAAGUAAAUGAGUUAACUAAAACAAUAAACAAAGUGAAUAAGGAAAAUGCAGAACUUACGGCAAAUGUUGAACUGCUUGAAGGUAAAAACUCAAGACUUGGUGAUAUUGUAGAUUGUGGUCUAAACGGUGGCACAAUUGAUAUGUUAAAGGCGGAAUUAAAUAAUCUGGAAACCGAAAGAACAAUUUUAAUAAAAGAAAAAAUAAUUAAUAGAGAUGUUGUUGCUGUAUUAGAAACUCAGAAUAAAAAUUAUGUAAUUGAGGUUGAUUCAAUGAAAGAAGAUAUAAGUAAAAAGGAAUCUCUUAUCGAAAAAUUGUCUCAAGAAAUUUCAACCCUAAAAGAAAACAAUAACACAGCAAAAGAUGCAGAAGUUAACCAAAUGGAAAAAACAAAACUGAUUUCUCUGCAAGAAAUGAAUGAUAAGCUCAAAAAAGAAUAUGAGGAUUUGCUCGACUUAAAUGGAUUAUUACGAGAAGAAGUAGAGACACUUAAAUUAUCUUUGGAACAACCGAAAGAUGAUAGUGAGCAUUUAUCAGACCUAAAUGUCUCCUUGCAAGCAGACAUUGUUAAGCUAGAAACGAAGUUGUCUGCUUACAAACAAGAAAAUGCGUCUCUUUUAACGGAAACGAAAGAAUUACGUGCCAAAGUAAUAAACUAUGACAACAUAAUUAGUGAAUGUGAGGAUUCAAAAUCUAAAUUACUUAGUUACAAAACAGAAAACACAGAAUUGUUAAAUGAAAUGAAAGAAAUAAAUGAGGUUCUCAAAGAACGCGGUGAAUCAAUAUCCAAAUUGCAAAAGGCAGUUUCUGAAAUGGAAAAACUUAUUGAAUCGUUGGAAAAAGAUAGAGAUGAGAUGAAAGAAGAGAGAGAGAACUUAGUACAGAAAAUUGAAACUUUAGAACGUGAUUUAAAAACAGCAAAUCAAGUUACAAGUCAAAACAGUGAUGACAUGAAAAAAAUUACACUAGAAAAAGACAAUGCAUCUCAAAUGCUACUUGAUAAAGAGAUCAUCAUUGCGAACUUGAAGGAAGAUGUUGAACGGUUGAAACAGCAGACAUUUACCUCUGCAUCGGAAUUGCCCGGUGAUGACAUGUCGACAUCCACAAUCUCCAAAGCCGAGGAACAUUCCAGAAUGAAGGACUUGGACGAGACUUUUGAGGACAAGUAUACGAAAUUAAGAAUGUUUGCACUUAAACUAAAGAGAAAAUUGAAAGAAGUUACAGCUCAGUUACAAAAUACGGAACAAGAAAAUGUAAGACUCAAAAAAAUGUUAGACGAAAGUGUUUGUGGGGAUCAAAAUAAAACGAUUGCUACAAGCAAUAGUGAUGAAAUAGAUGGUGCAAGUAAAACUGUCGAAAAAACCCAGGAAAUUGUCGAAUUGAAUGAAAAGGUUAAAUCUUUAAGUCACGCUUUGGACGUGUCUAAAAUUUCGUUGGAAAAAUUAAAAAGUUUUGAAGUGCAACUAGAGAGUAAAGAGCAACAGAUAAAUGCAGAGAAAGAAGCACAUAAAGCAACUAAAGAGCAAUUAGAAAAAGCUCUCCGAGAUGUGAAGAAGAAGAAUGUUCUAAGUCUUGAAAUGGAAGACUAUGAAAGAUCUAUGAAGGAUCUUACUACCAAGAUGGAAGAAAAUAAGAAAAAAAUUAUUCAAAUGGAAUCCACAAUAGACACGCAAGAAGGAACUAUUAAUGCCAUGAAGACGCAAAUUAAAUUACUGGAAGAACAAAUUAAAACAGAAGAAACCCAGAAUAGAUUAUUAAGGGAAGAAUUGCAUCAUGCCAUUGAAGAUGGAAAAGAAAAAGAAAACGUACUUAAUUCUAAGAAAGAUAUAAUAUCAAAAUUGAUGCAAGACUUGGAAGAUGAAAAAAGAAAAACUGAAGAAUCUGAAUUAGAAAUAACUGCACUUUUAAGUGAAAAGGAGAAAAUUAUAAUCAGUUUGGGAGAGGAAAAGACGGAAUUGAAUAAUAAAAUGAAAAGGCUAGAGUUCAAAUGUGCCGAUAUAAAUGAGAAGUUAAAGAUUACCAAUAUUGAAUUGGCUGAUUUAAAAACCGAGUACACAAGCUAUAAAGUGAGGGCUCAGGCUGUGCUGCGUCAGAACCAGACCGUGGACCACAGUCACGAGGAGCAGCUCAAGGAGGAGACCGCCGCGCUCCUCUCUCAGAUAGAAACCCUCACUGCUAAUUUCAAUACUUUACAAGCGCAGUACGCGGAGCAGAGCGCGGAGGCGGAGGCGGGGCGUAAGCGCGUGGCGGAGGCGGGCGCGGAGGCGGCGCGCGCGCACCAGCGCACCGCGCGCCUGCAGGCCGACCUCACGCGCCUCUCGCAACAGCUAGAGGCCGAGAGAGCGCAGCACAGGCUGCAGGUGUCGACUUUGACUCAGUGCUACAAGGUUCAGUUUGGCGAAUUGGAGAUGAAGCUGCAGAAAGAGGCGGACUCGUUGCGUGCGCAGCUCGCGGCCGCUGAGCAACGCCACCAGGCCGGCGUGGCCGACCGCGGCCCCGACAAGCCGUACAUGCUGCCCCUCAUACCUAAGGACGAAAGCGAUAGUGAAAUGGACUUCAAUGUCUCCAUGAUACCGAGGGAAGAAGGAGAGGGUUCAGAGUCCGCGUCGUCUCCGGUGUUGUCGAAGGCGUACUUCCCCGGCGGCGGGGGCGGGGGCGGUGGCGGUGAGGGCGGCGGCGCGGAGGGCAGGCGCUCGCCCGUGCCGCUGGAGCGGCUGCUGGAGGAGGGCGUGCCCGACGACGACGCGCUCGACGUCUCCGCGCUCGCACUCUCCCCGGAACAGGAGAUUGCCGAGCUGAGGCGGAAAUUACAAGGACAAAAGCAUAGGGUGAAGCACGUGACGGUGCUGCUGGCGGAGUCUGAGCGCGAGUGCGCGCGCAUGGCGCAGCUGAGCGAGCUGCUGAAGGGCGAGCUGCGCCGCGCGCGCGGUGACUCGGACCACGCGCACAACACUGAGUACCUCAAGAACGUCACCUUCAAGUUCCUCACGUUACCUCCGGGUGACGAGCGCACUCGCCUGAUCCCGGUGCUGCAGAAGAUCCUGUCCCUCACGCCGGAGGAGACACAGAAGAUACAGGCGGUUGCCAAAGGUCAAGAUCCAAAUACAAGUAAAGGCUGGGGAAGCUAUCUACCGUGGCCGGCGGCCAAAUAAGAAGUUCUUUACGUUACUUAGUGUUAGAAAGUUUAUUUAAAUAUCUGUGAUUUGAAUUUUUCGAGUUGAAGGAAUUGUUUUAGAUUACAUAUUGUGUUGAUGACAUUUUACUACUUUCUGAUAUUGAUGGAGGAAAUGAUAUUUAUUUCUAUAUUUAUAUUCACACUUUUUACGGUACCUUCUAAUAUGUGUGUUAUAAAAUUGUAGUAAACAUUCACAUAGCAAUUUAAAUAUUUUAACCAAAACAUUCCAAAUAUUAUUAUUAGUUUAUUCAAGAAUGUAUAAUAAAAACAAUAGUCGAAUUCAAUGGAAAUGAGAUAUAUUUUCACAUUUCACUGGCAGAAAUGUCAUUUAUUAUGGAAUUAUUUUGUAAAAGUUUUAAUAUUUUAAAUUGACGACACGAACAUGUCAUUUUUAUUGUCUGUAAUUACAUCUAUGUAAAGAAAACAUUUUUAGAUUGGUUAUUAUUUAUUGAAUUUCUCAUUUCUACUGAGUUCGAAUAUACAUUUGUGUAACAUUAUAUCCCCUAUAUAGAUCUUUUAUGUAUUUAUUACUAAAGGUAACAAUUUGGUUGCAAAACACAAUUCUGUUGCUUACAUCGAGUCUUUUUUCCUUCAGUUUAUAUGUACUUAAAAAGUACGUAGUGAAAAUGAAUUAUCGAAAAUUGUAUGAUUGUAACAUAUAUUGAUUUAGCAUCUAUCUAGGAUAUUCUAUCAACUUUCUAUGUUACAUGAGUUAAUAAAACAUAAUCUAGAGACUAUAGGUCUGUCCCACCACUGGCUGAUAGAGGAUCAGAUAGCUUAAAAAUGACGUCACUGUUAGAUAAUGGAACAAAAAGAGAUGUUUCCAGCAUUUAUCAGCCAAUUUACAAUUUGGUGAGACAGGCCCUUAGUAGUCAAAAGACCUUUGACGGGCACUGAAGCAGUGUCGGUAAAGAUGUCGUUAAAGCUAUCAUCAUAGAGGCACUACAGUUGCUUAAUCUGGGCCUGGUCCAGAAAAUUUCUCCAUAUCAGUCUAUUUUGGGAUUUUUCAGUGUUAAAGUUAUACAUCUCUGUAAUCGAAUGAAAAGAGACAAAUAAACAAACCUUUUAGGGGUUAUAUAUAUAUAUAAUAUGUGUAUACGUAGAUGUAGAAACAUUACUCGUGUAGAUUGGAUUUUAUUCUCAUAUUUAUAUUAUUCAAAAUAAUAUUCAUUAAUACAACAAUUUUACUUAAUUGAAAAUUAAGUGGUAUGUGU